UCCUUUUCCACUUUUGAAGGAGGGUGAAGUCAGAGAUGUGACUCUGUUUGAGUCAUUUCAAAGCAGUGCACGUCUAAUCUGUGUCCUGACCAAGCAGGUGUGUGUGAGAGAGAGAGAGAGAAGGAGAAAGCAAACAGAGACAGAGGAGAGAGGGAAAGAGAGCAGAAGAGGGAGGGAGAAAAAGAGACAGAAGCAAACAGAAAGAGUUAGCGUGAAGAAGAGAGAGGGAGGAUUGUUUCUUUCUCUGGAUACCACCAACACCAACACCAGCAGCACCAGCGGCAGCAGCAAAAGCGACAGCAACAGCAGGGGCUCGGAUACGGACGAGAGGUGACCGGGGCUGUGGGGUGGAAGUGUGUGUAUGAGUGUGCGCCCGUGACCACGCGCGCGCGCAAGUGUGUGUGUGUGUGUGUGUGUAUGUGUAUGUGCGUCUGGCGGGAGAGACUGCGGGGGAGCGAGGAGAGAGGCUCAACACAACUUCCCCUCCUCUCUGCGCCGCUCUGCCCUCUGUGUCGCCGGCGUCUCUCUCCUCUCCUUUUCCCCGGGACACCAGGCAUCUGGCGUGGUGAGAUGUGAAGAGGCUUGAAGUAUGGCAUGCAAAGAUGGUUUCUGCCAAGAAGAAGGAGAUGGUGACAGCGAUGUGCCCCGCCGCUUUUAUUCGGACCCUCUUCUACUUUUUCUGUUUGGCGACUUGUGUAAAGAAAAUCUCUGGGCAGACAAGAAAGGAUGAAAGGAUCUAUCCGGAGAAUUUUACUCGCAUUUUAGAUCGACUUCUGGACGGCUAUGACAACAGGCUACGACCUGGAUUCGGAGGUCCUGUGACUGAGGUCAAGACAGACAUUUAUGUGACAAGUUUUGGGCCUGUUUCAGAUGUUGAAAUGGAGUACACAAUGGACGUAUUCUUUCGCCAGACGUGGGUUGACCGAAGGUUGAUGUAUGAGGGCCCCAUAGAGAUUUUAAGGCUGAACAACCUGAUGGUGACUAAGGUGUGGACACCAGACACCUUCUUCAGGAACGGCAAGAAGUCGGUGGCUCACAACAUGACGGCCCCCAACAAGCUCUUCCGCAUCAUGAAGAAUGGCACCAUCCUCUACACCAUGAGGUUGACCAUCAGUGCUGAGUGUCCAAUGAAGCUUGUGGACUUCCCCAUGGAUGGACAUGCAUGCCCUCUCAAAUUUGGAAGCUAUGCCUAUCCUAAAACGGAGAUGAUCUAUACCUGGACCAAAGGGCCUCAGCAUUCAGUGGAGGUCCCCCCUGAGUCCUCCAGCCUCGUUCAGUAUGAUCUCAUCGGCCAGACGGUCUCCAGUGAAACGAUUAAAUCCAUCACAGGUGAAUAUGUGGUGAUGACGGUCUACUUCCACUUGAAACGUAAAAUGGGCUACUUCAUGAUACAGACGUAUAUCCCCUGCAUAAUGACAGUAAUCCUCUCCCAAGUGUCCUUCUGGAUAAAUAAAGAAUCAGUCCCGGCGCGCACAGUCUUCGGCAUUACCACUGUCCUGACCAUGACGACACUCAGUAUCAGCGCUCGCCACUCCCUCCCCAAGGUCUCCUAUGCCACUGCGAUGGACUGGUUCAUCGCUGUCUGCUUUGCCUUUGUCUUCUCUGCCCUAAUUGAGUUCGCUGCUGUAAACUACUUCACCCAAGCGCAGAUCGAGCGGGCCAAAAAGAAGCCAGCCAAAUGUCCCCCGGUGCCCCAAACCACGCCUGUCAAGGUCAAGGACACAGAGGAAGUGCUGCAGCAAAAUCCUGACACCAACGGUAACCUGAGAAAGCGGAUGAAUUACAUUUCCCACCAGGAGUCGAGCAGCCACCAGAGAGCCCAGUCCACCACCAGCAUUCCAGGCGUAGGAAGAGCCAGACCGCUGCGACCUUUAGCCAGUGGAGCCAACGGCAGCUCCUCCACCCUCUCCCGCUCCAGCCCCAAGUCUGAGAGUCUGCUCAGCGUGGCCUCGUCCUCUGCCCAGCUGGUGAAGAGUACGCCUCAGGCUGCUGCUUCCACGCCAGACGUGAUGGCGGGGACACCAUGCAAACAGAACACCACCACCACCAGCUCCUCGUCUCUGCAGCAUCUGCUGGGGCCCAAGCUGGAGCGCAUCCAGAUGAUGGGGAACAAGCUGGAGCUAAAGCAGACGCCGUGCUCCCAGCCCACCACUGCUGGUAUGGGUGGAACCAGCAAAAUUGACAAAUACGCACGGAUCCUGUUCCCGGUGUCCUUUGGGGCAUUUAACAUGGUGUACUGGGUGGUUUACUUAUCAAAGGACACAAUGGUGGCUAAAGGUGGCUAGGCUUUGCUAUGGUAACAAGAGAGGAUUAUGGGAGUUUGCAAACAAUAAGAGGAAACUGUUGUUCUUGCCAAACAGAUAAACAAAAUGUGCUCGCCAAGCACUUCCGUAUCCUGGAGAACAAACUCAGAAUACAUUUAUAUUUUUCUUCCUAAGGUCCUCGAACAGCAAGCAUGGGAACAAAUCAACUGAAUUAGAAAUAUCUGACUCAACACAAGAAGGAGCACCUGCACACUGGAAUAUGCUACUGUCCUCUUUAUAUUAUGUCGUGCUACAUCUGACUGUAAAGGUUUUCAUUGGCCUCAAAUGCCUCAUGAUUCCUUUUGGCCCACAGUCAAGACAAAGCAUGGGAUUUUUUCAUUUUCCUAUUUUUGUACCCUGCACCUGGCAAGAUGUUGGGAUGUGUGUGCCACAAUCCUGAAAUGAACUGCAACAUUGUUAUGUAAAUAUAUACAUUUAUUAGGAUUUAUAUUUAAUGAUUACAGUGUAUUUCCAUUUGAACAUUAAGACUGCUUUGCUUUGGUGCCAGAAGGCAAGAUGAGGCUAAAAUUUUUGAAUUAUUUGAAAGUACAAAGGAACUCUGGUAGUGGUUUCCAGGGACAUUCAGUUUAGACAAAAAAAAAAAAAAAAAAAAAAAAAAGAUUCUGGCCACAUGAUGACCAAACUAGAGUGAAAUAGACAGGUUUUGGUGAGAAUGAAAGUCCUCAAACCAGGCUGAGUGGAGCUUUGGCCGGGACCUGAUCAGCCAUGAAAAGCCUCUUUUGUACAGUACCUACUUGCAAAGCAUCUUUAUUAUACAAGAUGGAUUAACUAAUCUGGAAAUACUGAAGAUGAAAUUUGGGAUCAGUCGGGCAGAAAGAAGUAAAGACAAGUUAUUAAUUCAUGUAACAGUAGGAUUUAAGCUUCUUUCCUGCCAUAAUGGGUCGCCAAAUAGUAGACAAAGAUUGUGCAAGUGAUUAAAAUACAGUCAUAGCAUGAACAAAUAGAGGGAACAGAGAGUAAAUUUAUCAGUAGAUCACUGCAGAAACGACAUACUGAGUUGGAUGUUUGUUUAGGGACAUUUUGGCAAUACAAUAAAAUAAUGCAACUGUUGUAUGACAGCUCCACAGGAGAGACAUCAGAGCUGACUGCUGUCAUCCACCUUCUUAAAUAGUGUCUAACAGAUGUGACUGAAAGCGAACCUGCUUUAGCUGUUUCUAUACGCCUUCAGUUUUAACACAUAUUGCAUUAUUUCACUGCAUUAUAUGGUGUUAAACCUGGGAAAGUGCUCAUGUAUUACCGGAUAAGGUCUCUUCGGGGCAGAGCCCAUGCAGUGUCGAUUUUAACUUUUUCAGGCAAACCCAGAGUUGGCUGACUUGCAGCUGUCACUCAUUCAGCUGCUGUUAAUUGUAUCAGCUGGAGUUAAGGUAAUGACAUUUACUAUAUUACCAGCAAGAGAAAUUCCUAAUAAAAGUCUGAGUGCUGCACUGCCUCUAGCUCCACUCUCUCUGUUUAGAUCAUGUUUAAGAAAAAAUGUUUUGCUUUCCUGCUGAGUUAUAUGAGAAGAUGGACACCCACUGUCAUGUCUGCCUGCUAAAUAUACAGCUAGCAGUUAGCUUAGAUGGUUGCAAUAUAGGAAGUCAUGUACACAGUAUGUUUGGUGUUCAAGUGGUUAAGUCGUGAGACUACUGCUGCAAGGCAACUGCAACGUGGAUGCCACAAGACUCCUUGUAUUUUUAAAAAACACAUUAGCUAUAUUAACAUUAUUGUCAGCAUCUAGAGGCCACACAGGCAAACAAUUUAGCAAGUGGGUAAUGUAAUGCAAAAAAUGCAAAGGCAUAAAGAUGGAGGGAAAAGAUGAACUUGAAUAUCAAAUUUUUCCCAGAAGAUGUGUCAUAAAAUUACAAUGAAAAACAGUGUACAACUAAAAUUACAAUAUAUUUAUUUACUAUCCAAUGAUAAAUGAACUUCCAUGGCCAUUUAUGAUAAAAUCAGCAAACAGGUCACAACUUGUGAACCUUCAGAAUUUUGUGAAGAUACUGAAAAUUUGGAGUUCUGAGGUUGUGAAUACCACAAGAAGGUACAUGGUAAACAUGACCCCAUUUGAAGGCAACAACAAUCUGCCUGCCAGGCCCUGCCUGCCGUGCAAUAGUAGAAUGUUAGCAGAGCAGUAGCACUAGUGUUGUAUGUUUAACUCAUACGGAAACAUGUAAAAAGUGUAGGACAGACUGUAGUUUCACAAGGGCACUAUAUCUUGACCAGGCGCAGUGACUUCAUGGAGUCUGUGUUGGUUAUCAAACUCUCAGUUUAAGUCACACAAAAGAUGUGACUUUACUCACAGACACAUUUCUGCUGUGAGUUAAACAGGCCAGAAAACCUCAAACAUAUUGAGAACAAGUAAAGAGUCACUAAAAAUAGCAGCCUGUGUGACCCCUAGAGGUAACAAAAGAUACUGCCGAUAAUUGGAUCUUUGACUAUGUGAAGGACAACACCACCCAGAUAUGACAUGACAGCAAAUGACAUCAGCAAAUUGUCCUCUCUGUUGUCUCCUGUUGUUGCUCUCUAACUGACUGUUAGAGGUGAAGAGGGGGAUUUAUUAUCAUUGAGUCUCUUCUCUUGGUGAAGUGACAUUUUCAGUGAUUACUCUCUAUAAAUAAGUGCAAAGAAGAGCAACUGACAGUUUUUGUAAAUAACACGACUCUGCAACACCUCAACAGAUUUGGCCAAUAAAUCUCCUGCAGUGUUAGCCUCAGCAGUCUGCAGAUGAAAGUCUCAGGGGGCAGAAUCUUUUCCUCUUCAGUCAGGGUCUUGAAACAUCUAUUAGAUACUAUCCUCUGUAUUUUUUGAUAAAGGAAUCACAAAAAUAAUGCUGGACUAAUUUAAUAUAUUUUCUUAUGGCCUCAUUUUGUUCUCUAUUAGUCAUUGGAGACCAUUUGCAGAAGUAGAAGGUUAAACAGUCGGUGGAUGAGCUGAAUUCACUGUACAUUUCUGCAGAUAGAGAUGUCUUAUGGAUGCGGUGUGCUUGAGGAUUCAUGAUGCAGUAGGCACCUAGUUUCUUGCUCUAACAGCCAUAUCAUCCAUGGAGUCAUGGUUGUUGGCCCCCGUCGAUCGCUUAGUCUAACAGGAGUUAUGAUGCUGCCACAGUGGUGAGGAACACGCAGGCUGAUGGACAGAUCAAGAUGCCCGCCGUCACUCACCUCUCCUAAACGCAGUCAUGCGUGAAAUUGAUUUUGCCGUUAUUACCUCCCUGUUGGUCCCUUGCUAUCCCCCCUCUUCUCUCUGUCUCUCACAGCAGUGUACAAAAUAUAUCUCAUCAUAAAAACACAGAACAUCCAUGUACUAAUGAGGACCCUGUCAACAACAGAUUGAUGUUCAGUGUUUAUGUGGUGUGAUUCUGCUGCUCUGUGCAUGAUUGACGGAGCUGCCAACGCCAGGUUGUGGGUUUUCUGUUGUUGUUUUUUUUUUCACCAACAUGCUGUUCUGGAUGACAGACAGACAGUUAAAGAUGCUCCACACGCUCACUGCCACUUUGAAAGCUGACAUGGGACAGGUUUGUGGAAAGUUUAACUACAUCCUGAGAUCAUGCUCUCUAUUAAUCAUUGUCAUUUCAGCUGUUCAAAAGCAUCAAAAGAGCUUUAUCAGAAAGUGCAGGCGGUGCUCUAAAAUGGGGCAGUUAUUGUAGUUUUAGAGCAUUUUUGAAGUAAAACAUGGCAUAAUGCUCCCUCUAGUGGCUCUAACCACUAACCCCUUUUUAUUUUGAACACAGUCCUAUUUGAGGAUGUGCUCUACACUUUAUUUUGAAUCAAGCUGAAUGCUACAGUAAAGACAGUACCAACUUUCCUGUGGCUACCAGAAGUGCACUCAUAGACACUUUAAAGUACAGUACAGGCUCAGGACUCUUUUGCAUACUACAUUUUCUAGGGCUGAGCCCAUUUAACAGCCAAAUUAUGCAGUGAAAUGAAAAUUAAGCAAAGAACUACAUAACCUAAAUUACUGACAAACAGUACACUGCGAUAACAUUUCAGGUUGUUAUAAUUCUUUGUUUACUGCUGACAAAGCAAAGUCUCCUUUAUAUUAUCAUCAUAUGGGAUUUAAGGACACAAAAUGUCCUGGAUGUAAAGGUGAUCUGAUUCACCUUGUUUAUAGGAAAUAUAGACAAACUCCUCACAUUCACAAAAGAGUGACUUUGAAAUGUGUACUUUUAUGUGCAAUGACAAGAGAGCAUUUUAACUGACUUUGAGACAGUGCUAUAAUGGUCGUCUAGAACACUGGUCUGGUCAAGACGGUUGUUAAAUAAUAACAUCAGAAAAAAUGGAACUGAAUUAAGACCAGGUUUUGUCGGACAGUCAAGGACUGAGAAAAUGUUACUAUUAUCUGUGAUUAAAUAUGGUUGAUUGUUAUAUCCCAUUCAUGACAUUCAUACUGUAGAAAGAACAUUAAUUCCUUACAUCUUGACAGUGAUGAACCACUAGAGGGAGCAAAAUGCCAGGAUUUUCCUCAGGAAGCAAAUGACUUCAGUCGAUCAGAUGGUUCUCAGUGCAGCAAGGCCAAACAGGCUGGUUUGCAUUUAUUUAAAUGUCCUUGAUUCUAAAGUGAAAGGUCUAUGGAUAGCACUUUGUUGUGUUAAAGAGUAAUCAUGCUCGGAAAGUGGGGGGUUCCUGGGUCUCUUGCUAAAUGAAGAAUGGUUAAAUUUCCUGAGCCUAAUCAUUCUUUUAAUUUCAUGAGCUAUUCUCUAGAGAUUAGCACAGUAACAAUGUAGGUCUACCCUCCAAAGUAUUACUGUUAUCACUCAUCUACCCUCAUAGACAAGAAUGCCUCAGGCAGAAACGUGCCAGCUGAGGCAGGGUCAGUGAUUUAGGAUGAGUAUCUGAGGUUUCUUGAUGUAAACACAGAAGCUUUUGCAACAAAAAUUGACAGUAAUGGGCCUAAACUUAAUUCCUGUUUUUGGUCAUAUUUUAAUAUAUACUGUUUUAUUGUGUUUUGGAAGAACCACAGAACACUUUGGAAGACAGUUAACCCUGAACUCUCAUCAUCAGUGUGCCAUAAUCUGCCAGUUUUAUCUCCAUUCCAGCUUUAUGACACACAUUGGGGUGCAUUUUGAUUAUGCAUUUUGCUUACUGAUUAAUUCCAUUGUUAAAUCACUGUUCAGUUUUUGUCUGAUGCUGUAUUUGUCACAUGUGAAAUGAUUUCAAUUCAUCAUGAUCUUUUCUAAUAUUCCUUUGGGCACACUUCUCAUACAGCCUGUGCAUCUAAGUGGUUUCCUGUGUAAUAAGACCUCACUUAACCCAGUUUUUGGAAUGCCACAGGCCAAGAUAAUUAAUGUGUAGGCUCUUGGUAGUUAAUAGGAUAAUGCAGUCUAAUUUGUAAUAUACUUUCUUGCACAAGUGCAAGUCAUUUUGGGAGUAACUCCUGGUGAAGAAGGAAGAAGCAUGCCACCCAUUGUUUGUUGUGUCACAACAUUUAUACACAGAAUGCGAAGAGCCUAAAAAUCCUCAUCUUAUCUACUGGUGCAUGUUUGCACCAGUAGGUUUCACUGAUGUGGAACAAUGAUUUCUUAAUCUCAAUUAUACCCUCAGUAAUAAUACUCGGUAGUAGGAGCACCAUUUAAAGCAAUAUUUAGACUAUUAGAUAAGCCACACAAAGACAGCAAUAAUGUAAACAAAAACGUAGAACAUGACAUGUACACAGCCUUAAAUGGCUUCCUUACAUAACCUAAUGCUGCACCAAAGGACUCAUUACAAUGCUUUUCCAUUAUGUAAGAAUUUAAGAUACACUUUAAUUAAUUCAACUCAUAAUCAAACACUAACAGACCCUCAAGUCGAACUAAUAUUCUAACAAAAGUUCAGAUCUUUGAAAACACUGUUUGCAGAUGAUCUUCUGUGACAUUGCCUGAAAGAAAUGGACUUGUGAAAAUGAAAAUUGUGUAUCAUGUACUUAGUACUGAUGGCAGAUUGAAUUUAUCUCAAAGGUGACAAAAAAAAACCUAUGGUACUAACUGUAAAUUAUUCUAAUUUGAAUUGUUUGUCAUCCGCUCAAGCUGUUACAGUCAAUAUGCUGAUAAAAAUAUUUUUUGAACUGAUGUUUCAUUUAUUAGUCCUUAUCUAAUGCACUGUUUUGAAGAAACACAAUUAAACAUGUUAGACAAA